CUGGAACAAGUGGGCGGAGCCAGGAGAGGCAGGCAGGUUGGAGCAGGCUAUAUAAACCUUUGUCCCAGAGUGCAAGCAUCACACCUCUGUGAAGAGCUCCACAACCCACAUCUACACCUACACAGAUACCUGUUCCAGGAAUCAUGGCAAAGUGUGUUGCAGUUAUUCUGGCGGGCUGUGGAGUCUAUGAUGGCACAGAGAUCCACGAGGCCUCAGCUGUCCUUGUUCAUUUGAGCCGUGCUGGUGCAAAAGUUAAGAUGUUUGCUCCAAAUGCAGAUCAAAUGCAUGUUAUAAAUCACUGUGAGGGGACACCUACUGAGGAGAAGAGAAACAUCCUCCAUGAAAGCGCGCGCAUCGCCAGGGGUGACGUGGCUGACCUGGCCAAGUUAGAUAUCUCAGAAUUUCAUGCCGUCAUCAUCCCAGGGGGCUUUGGUGCAGCUAAGAACCUGAGUAACUGGGCUGUGAAGAACAAAGAGUGCACCAUCCAGCCACAGCUAGAGAAGGUUAUCAAGGAUUUCCACAAAGCUGGAAAGCCUCUGGGCAUGUGCUGCAUCGCCCCCGUCCUGGCAGCCAAGAUCCUGCCAGGCUGUGAGGUCACUGUGGGCCAGGACAAAGAAUGUGAAACCUGGCCAUACGCUCAGACAGCGGGUGCCGUGAAGGAGUUGGGCUGCAAACAUGUGAACAAAGAUGUGGAAGAAGCUCACGUUGACGUCAAAAAUAAGCUGGUCACCACGUGUGCCUUCAUGUGCAACGCUCCCAUCCACAAAGUGUUUGAUGGAGUAGGUGUUAUGGUUAAAGAGACCCUGAAACUGGCUUAAUAAGACUCUGAAUACAUAACUGACUGUAUUUAUUUUCUCAAAAAUAUGUCAGAUUUCUACGCAAAUAUUGCACUGAAUAUCAAUGUAUGAUGUUUUUUCUAACUUUAAAUCAGAUGUUACGCCCUGAAAGUCUUAAAUAAAAUCUACAGAAAUGACAA